UUAAACUGUCAAGUGUGAUUACUGGUUCAGGUCUUUUACGUCAGAAAAUUCGCCGGAACGAAAACCAGUCACUUACAAAGAGCCUUCUAAUAUGUAUUUAGUGUUUAUGAUGACUCUUGCCAAUGUUAAUUGCGGAAACAUAGAUUUUCCAGCACGCGUGGUCCGAUGGUCUUUUUCUGACGCAUUCGCGCAGUACCUGUGACCUCGAUUUUGUGCCCGCAUUACUUUUUCCCGCUGCGAACGCUAGCUAUAAAUACGAGAUUAUGACGAUACGGAAUUCACUUUAUACGUUUAUAGUACAGGUACUAUUUUGAGUCGAAUUUCGAAAGAGUUUAGGAAAAAUGAAAAGUUUAGCGUUUGCGUUCGUGUUUCUUACCAUGUGCUGGUCGUUUGUCUCGUGUGAGAAUAACGACGUUUGUAGUAAUGUAACUGAGAGUUACAAGAUAUGCACAGCGGUUAGAACAUUAAUACGACAUCAAAACGCAUGCGAUCCGAACCAUGUGCGAGUGCUAGAGCGUCGUAUACAAGUUUUAACAGGUACGCUUAAUCGACUCACCAUCCAAAAACGCAGGGGAGAGUGUUCUGGGGUCAUCUACCGCGGAAAAUGCUACUUCCUAUUGGACGACGGUUGUGAGCCAAACAUGAGAAGUUAUCAAGAAUCUAAGGAGGCUUGCGAGGCCCAACAAGGGCAUCUAGUCAAGAUAAGGGACGCAGCAAAUUACAAUUUUCUUUUCAACUACGUUCUACGCAACGCUUAUGACUUUAUGAGCGAGAACCGAGAUUUUGUUCUGGUUUGGACGGGAGGGGCAUGGGAUUACGAGCGUGGACGGGUGAGGUUCGAAAACAACCAGACGACGACAUAUUCCCCGUGGAAUGUUGGUCACCCACUCAACAUGACUGACCGUACAAAUAUUGCUAUGGCAGUCGCUACUAGGCCCAUACUGCGCGGUAUGAUUGACGUGCCGCCAUCAAACCAGUUUUAUCCACUUUGCGAAAAAGUCAUGAGGUGUAGGUACGGGAAACGUAAUAGGUAAUUCUGGUUUCGCAUCAAAAUUGCCAAAUUAAUUUAUUAAUCGAUUACCAGGAUGUUAUUAAACGAUGCAUAAUUACUUAUAUGUGGAUAUGCCCAUAAGCCGUAUGCUGAUAUAUGCGUGCUCGUGUGUAAGCCUUAUUUUAACAUUGUCGUGAUCUUUUCUAUUAAAAAUAUCAAACUUGAACGUAGAUCGGUUUGUUUCAUUGCAUGAUAGUGGUUAGUAAGACAAGAGUCACGUUGUCAUAUACCAGUAAUGACUAUGCUCGGGUCUAAAUUUCAUGGUUCAUAAGUUUAUUGGUCAGAAUACAAAGUCCAAUUACGGUGGUUACGUGAUUCGGAGACGUGUACAUUACUACAUUGCACUUACGUAGGCGGGGUGUGGUAUCGGGUGUAGAACGAGUUUCAAAUAAAAAAAAAGUUUUAAACCGCCGGAUUCGACCAUGGCGACUACGAAUUAUUUAUGAUUGUAUAGGAUUCACGUGAUUUUUGUGUUGGGGUAAUGGGCUAACUGUGCCCUAAUUCCGAUGCCAUGGUUCGCUGUAGGGCCUUACACUUGUACAGAAUUUUCAUGAAUAACGGGAAACAAGAAUAAGACGAUACGACGAUAAUUACGGAGAUAAAAUUGGGA